CAUUGAAAUGUCAUUUUUCUAACCUAAAAACUCGUUCAAAGUUUUCUUUACCGUAAAACUUAGUUUUUACAUUAAAAACGAAAAUGACUACAAUCAAAGUGAGUGACGAACAGGAAAUCAUUCGGCGAUUAUCGUCAUACGUAGAAAAAAUCUCAAAUGACGCUAUCAACAACCGGGGUAAAUUCUACGUCGGCCUUUCAGGAGGUUCUGUGGUUAAAUACCUCUGCGAAGGCCUGCCUGCAGUAGACACUGAUUGGUCUAAGUGGGUGCUAGCAUUCUGUGACGAGCGAGUGGUGCCUGAAGACAGUGAAGACUCAACAUUUGGCACGUACAAGAGACAGCUCAUCCCUAAAACAGAACUCAAAGAGAGCCAGUUUGUUGUGAUUAAACAGGGUGUAUCAGCUGAGGAGGCAGCAAAAGAUUACACAGAAAAGUUGAAAGUAGCCUUUAACGGAGAAGAUUUUAAGUUUGAUCUGCUGCUGCUUGGAAUGGGUCCCGACGGUCAUACAUGCUCAUUGUUCCCUGGACAUCCAUUACUGAACGAGACCACUUUGAAGGUGGCACCAAUCACAGACUCUCCGAAACCACCUCCAAGCAGGGUCACCCUCACUUAUCCUGUGGUUAAUAAUGCUAGGAACUGUAUAUUUGCCAUUUGUGGAGCUGGGAAAGCAGAUAUGGUGAAGCGCAUUUUGAAGGACAAGGAGGAUCUCCCAGCCGGUCGUGUGAAGCCUGCAAGUGGCGCUCUCUAUUGGAUCGUAGAUAACGCUGCCGCUGCUCAUCUAUAGAUGGAUUGACCACGAAAUUGAGAACAUUUCAAAUGUUACAUUCCAUUCUAUGAACCAUGCAAAACUAGUGAAACUAAUCUAAUCAUUGUGUUUAAGUGAUUGUGAUUUAUUGUGAUUUACUGUAUAAACUAUGACUGGCAAAUUAGCAAAAACUUUAAAGAUA